GGAUAUUUUUCUCAGACACCGUAGAAAAAAUGCAACUAAUCCAGCUUAAUUUUGUGUCGUAUUUAUCGAAUCCAAAAUUUUUGGCUGCACUAUUUUCGUAACAUUUCUCAAUUUCCUUAUUUUCAAUCAGUAAAUUUAUUUAAACUUUUCAUAAAGUCACCUAUAAAUUAUUAUUGUUAACUUGUCAUAUUAUAGAAGUUUUUAAAGAUUUUCUAAGAGCUGAACCAACCGAAUACCAGGAAAGACGGAAUCCCCCUAGAAGUCCGUCAUCAAGUCAUCAGUCUCAGAGACCACGUCAAUUCCUCCCCUAUUUGUUUACCGGUAAAAGUCAAGGGAGUUCGUUCCCCAUGGUUGAAACCUCAAGAACUUCGCGAGUGUUGGUGGUGUCGCCCGCUGAGGGGACCGCCAAAAAACUCCCCAAGAGCAAACAAUGCCCCAAGAAAUUCUCCUCACUGUUGUGCGCGUUCCGGAGCUGUUUCUGUGGCUGCUGCUGCUGCGCGUCUUCAGCAGAGGGAGAUGGCCAGCAAGGGGCCAUGAGUGCCUUCAGUAGAGCGAGCGGCAGCUGCAACCGAGGGCUGGUAGGCCUCAUGGAGGAGCUCACCAGCUGUGGCCGGCCUCAGAAAGUUCCUCCGGCGCCCGACAAAAACCUUCCCAUCACU